AGGGAUGGUUCUGAUCCAACUGUCAGAGAUAGUAUCAGCCAUGGCAGAGAAAAUGAGAUUGCAGGUGCGGUGAAGUUUGUCGAAGAACAUCUUCAAGUGCUCCGCUCGUGGACGUCGGAUAGGAACCGAAAAGGGUGUGAUGGGAGGGGAAUUUAUGUCUAUGAUCUGCCAUCAAAGUUUAAUAAGGACUUGGUUGGUCAGUGCAGGGACAUGGUUCCAUGGAUGGACUUUUGCAAGUAUUUCGGCAAUGAAGGAUUGGGAGAGCCUAUUCCGAAGCUCGGGAAAGCGUGGUACCGGACUCAUCAGUACUCUCUGGAGCCUAUUUUCCAUUCAAGAGUCUUGAAGCAUCCUUGCAGGGUUCAAAAUGAAAAUGAAGCCAAGCUUUUCUAUGUUCCAUUCUAUGGUGGCCUGGACAUCCUCAGAUGGCAUUUCAAGAAUGUCUCAAAUGAUGUCAAGGAUACUUUGGGGUUGGAGUUGGUCAAGUGGCUAGAAAGACAAAGGCCUUGGGCUCCGAAUUCGGGGAAAGAUCAUGUCUUUGUGCUGGGAAAAGUUUCAUGGGAUUUCAGGAGAAAGGAGAAGUCAUGGGGAACCAGAUUCUUAGAGCUUGAACAAAUGCAGAACCCCGUGAAACUCCUGAUCGAACGACAACCGUGGCACGAAAACGACAUUGGCAUUCCGCAUCCAACCUACUUCCACCCACAUUCAGAUGAAGACAUCAUGUCCUGGCAAUCCAAAAUCAUAACUUCAAGCAGAAAACACCUCGUGAGCUUCGCGGGAGCAGCGCGCCCCGAUGCCCCCGAGAACAUAAGGUCUAUUCUGAUCAAGCAAUGCACUUCAGUGGAAAUUCAGAAAUGCCAGAUUCUUGACUGCAGUCCACGGGGAUGCAGCCAACCCGAAUCGGUGAUCGAGCUCUUCAUGGAGUCCGAAUUCUGUUUGCAGCCUCCAGGAGACAGCCCAACUCGAAAAUCCGUGUUUGAUUCUCUAGUGUCAGGCUGUAUACCGGUUCUGUUUGAUCCUUUCACAGCUUACUAUCAGUAUCCUUGGCAUUUACCGGAAGAUCAUGGCAAGUAUUCAGUUUUCAUAGACCAAAAAGAAGUGAGAGAAAAGGGGGUAAAUGUGGUGGAGAAAUUGAUGAAAAUCACCAAGAAAGAGAGGGAUGAUAUGAGAAGAUUUAUUGUGUAUGAGCUAUUGCCUGGUCUAGUUUAUGGGGACACAGAUUCUCAGCUUGAGAGGUUUCAGGAUGCCUUUUCCAUUACAAUAAGUAAUCUCCUAGAGAGAGUGAACAGAUUGGAAGAUAGUUGA